AUGCAAGAAAAGCGAGUUUUCAUCAAAGGCGAAGCACUCAUUCCAGUGCUGCUGGGACUCGGUGCAAGACAUGAUGAUUUCGAACACAUGAGGCUCGUCAGCAAUCAUCUCGGCAAAGAUCCCACUGUAAAUUAUCGGAACAUUGGGCUGGGCCGGUUUGCUCUUGAUCCCAAGAAACAGGAGGAUAACUACAAGUGUCAUGACUCGGGAGUCGCUCGGGAUUUUCUACCUGUGGGCUCUACAUUCCAGCACAACACCGUUAUCCAAGAGUCGGUGCUGAACUGUAAUUAUUUCAACCUCCGCACCUUCACUGAGAAGGACAUCCAGGGUUAUCCCGCUCUGAAAGGCGUGCAUCAGGAUGGCGGGGAUCAGACAAUGAUAGUGUUGCUGCGCUCCGAAAAUCUUCGCAAAGACAGCGGAAUCACCUUUGUCCAUGAUAACAGUGAAACCACGGGGGACUCGGGGUAUGAAGCCAAGCCUGCCUUCAUCCUCGACCGAUUGCAGCAUCCCCACGUUUUAGGUACUUUGAUGUUCGCCGACAUCAGCUAUAAACACAGUGUGACUCCUGUACAUCAAUCUCGCGAGGAAGAUCGCGCCGUCCGAGAUAUGCUGGUCCUCAUCACUCGGAAGCCUAAGCUGCCAGGACAUCCGUCCAAAAUCAUGGACUCAAUGGAAUCGAACCGACGACUUCCACUGCGGCUUUCGCUAUGGCUACCUGGGAUCUCACACACUCCAAUAGCCACCAUGCGUAUUGGAGUGAGACAGAGUGAUCUGCGUUAG